AUUAUUCCUCAUUUUUUAUAAGUAAACAAAAGUAUAUAAAAUAAACCAUUAAUUUAUAAAGUAAAAUAUUAGUUUAAAAAAAGUUUUAAAAAUGGAAGAUUUACAAAAAUUGGAAGAAGAGGCUAAAGCAAGGGCAACAAAAUAUGGAUGUAAUUUAUUGCAACGACCAGGUCAAUUGGAAAAAAUUGAUAUGUACAAACGUAGAAUAAGUAGAAAAAAAGCUUCAGUGGAAACUAUGCUCAAAACUGCAAUGCAAAGUCAAUUAGAUGGAGUUCGUGUAGGCUUUGAACAGCUCCAAAGUUCUUUAGAAAGUAUUGCUUCAAUAAAACAAGAUUUGAAUAAUAUUAAUGAAUUUUUCAAUAAAGUCCCAGAACUUAGUGCAAAAUUACAAGCUGUUCAGGAAGAAAAUAUGCGUCAUUCUCAAUAUGUUACUGCUAAAGAAAAUUUGAAACAUACAUUUACUUUGCCUGAAAGCGUUGAAAUGACUAAACAGUGGAUAAAUCAAGGAAAUCUUUUAUAUGCUCAUCAAAUUAUUAUGGAUCUUGAAAAUUCAAGAGAUGAUUUAUUAUAUGAACUUCAUAAACUUCCAAAUCAAUCACCAGCUGAUACUGUUAUGUUAAAAGCUUAUUUAGAAGAUGUUGAAAUGCUUUCACAACUAAUGGAAAAACAAAUCAGAUUAGUAUUAAGCCGUACUUUGAAUACAGUUAGAAAAGAACCUACUGUCAUUGUAACAGCGUUAAGAAUUAUAGAAAGAGAAGAGAAAGCAGAUCAUUUUGCUAUUCAAAGACAUAAACAAAGUGGAUUUAUGCCACCAGGAAGACCUAAAAAAUGGAAAGAUAUGGCAAUGAAAGUUUUAGAAAAAUCUGUUGCCAAUAGAAUUGAAGGAACUCAUGUUGAAGAAAGAGUAGAUAAUAAAAUGUGGUUAGUUCGAUAUUUAGAGCUUACAAGACUAUUAAUUUUGGAAGAUCUGCGAGUUGCUAAAACUCUAUGUGAACCUUGUUUUCCACCUUGGUAUAAUAUUGUAAGAACUUUUGUUAAAAUGUAUCACACAAGUUUAUCACAACAUUUGAAAGACAUAAUUGCCAAUGGUUUAGAAGGAAAUGAAUAUGUAUCUUUAUUAUCAUGGAUUAUGAAUACUUAUACUGGUCCAGAAUUAAUGCAACAUCCUGAAUUAAAUAUUGAUACAAGUGAUAUAGGUCCUUUGCUAAGUCCAGAAAUUAUAAAUGAUCUUCAAGAAAAAUAUUUGAAAAAUAUGUGUCAAAAUUAUGAAGAUUGGAUGAAAAAGACUUUGGAAACUGAAAAAGUGGAUUGGUGGAGUGGAGUGAUACCAGAAGGAAGCACUCAAGAAGCAUAUUAUCAUACAGCAGCACCUGUGAUUAUAUUUCAAAUGAUUGAUCAAAAUCUUCAAGUUACAAAAACAAUUAGUACUGAAUUAACAGCACAAGCUAUAGUCCUAUGUAUUGAACAAGUAAUUAAAUAUGGAUUUAUGUAUAGACAAGCAAUAUUAGAAUUUAAAAACAAACAUUUUGAAGAUAGAAGUCAAGUACCUUAUUUUACACAUCAUAUGAUUACAGUUGUUAAUAAUUGCUUACAGUUUACAGAAUUAGCACAGCAAAUGAAACAGCUAUACUGGGUUUCUAAUACUAGUGGAGAUGCUACUGUUAAAUUUGAAAAUUUAUUGUCAAAUUAUCAACAAUUACGAAAUGAAGCAGCAGCUAUAUUAUUAGAAGAAUCUUUCUUAGAUUUAGAAUUACAAUUUCAAGAUUUGAUUACUCCAAAAUGGUUAUCAUCUCCUAUUCCAGUAGAAACUAUUUGCGUGACUUUAGAAGAUUAUUUUCAGGAUUACAAUCAUCUAUGUCCAAAAAAUUUUGAAUAUGUUAUUACAGAAGCACAAAAUCUUAUUGCAAAACGUUACAUUUCUGCAAUGUUACAGAGAAAAAUAUCUUUAAAAACAUAUGAUGAAUGUUUAACAUGUACAUCAAAGAUAAUGACAGAAGCAGAUAAACUAAAAAAUUUUUUUGAUAGAAUAGCUCCAAAAGUAGGAAACUUUAAUUCUCCUUUUGAAAUAAUUAAACGUCUUGCUGAAGUAUUACGUUGUGAAGAUUCAGAAAUUCUUUCUCUUGAUUUACAUUCAUUGGUUGAAAAAUAUCCAGAUAUGACUGAAGAUCAUUUAGUCAGAUUAUUGGGUCUUAGAGGUGAUAUUUCUCGUAGUGAAGCAAGAGAAAAAGUUUCAUAUAUUUUAGAAGCUCAACGUAAUCGUAAAACUCCACAAUCUAUUACACCUAGUAUAUUUAAACAAAUAUUUAUACAAGACAGUUUUCUUAGUUGGAAACCUUAAAAUUCAAAGAUAAAUAUAAAAAAAUUAUAUUGUUAUAUUUUACAUAUCAUUAAGAAACUGAUGUAAAUGCUAUAUUAAAAUUAUGUAUUAUAAUAAUAUAAUAUAAUUCUAUAAAAAUUUUAAUAAUAAUACUAAAUAGUUCAUAUAUGUUACUAUUAUGUUGUAUAUAAUUAAUCAUUCUUUGUACAAUCAAAUUAAAUUAAAUUUUUUAAAAUUUUUCAAAUAAAAAAUAAUUUUUUAUUAAAAAAUAAAAACAUUA